UAUGGUACUCCAUAAUCGCCCCGUGCUCGUGUUUAUCAUGUCAGUUUUGCACCGGUGCGACUAGUUUUAUUAAAUGUUGACUAUAAAUUAGAAUAAUUAUCGCUUUUAAUUGAAUUUUCGAAUAUGUCAAGUUCAAUUUUUACGGUGUAAUGGUCUUAGAAAUUGUAUGAAAGCUGCAGUUGAUAUCGGCGAGUCGUGUAGCUGCGUGUGCAAUUCAGUGCUUUUUACUCGCCAACUAUCGCGGGAAGAACCUCAAGGACUGGAGUGUUUGUAUUUUCAAACAAAUCCCGGCGCUCGAUUUUCAUUGAAAAAUUUUCGUACAAUGUUUAUUUCAUCGUAUAUAUGCAAUGAAUUCCACAAGUGGCGAUUUAAUAAGUUUAGCGCUGAAGAGAUCAUUCUUACCCAAGUAUAAGAAGCUGCAUAAGAAUUCGCUCGAUGAACAUAUCGUAGCAAACGCCCGCCGGAUACUAUCUACCAAGAUAGAUUACGUCCUUACUACCAAAUAUUCGACGGCUAGUUUCUUAGAUUCUUUGAAAAAGAAGUACAUAGUUCUAAAACCGUCGAAAUUGAAUAAGAAAAAGAAGAAGAAAUCGAAGAACCGUUCAGACGAUACUGAUAAUUCAAAAGCCCAAAUGAAGGACACCGAACAGUCAGGGCAAAAUUUAUCUUUACCAACUCCUAAAACCGUAUUAUUCUCUCCGGAUGCUGUACAGCUCGGAUGGAAAAACAACUCGUAUCCGGUUGGAAGUGGUUUCGUCAAUUCUGGUACUACUUGUUACAUCAAUUCAACGUUGCAGGCCUUGUUUCAUGUGCCGUCGUUUGUCAAUUGGUUACUAGAUGACAAAAAGCAUCAUAUGAUGUGCGAAAAAAUGAAUGGUGUUCUUCACACCGAAUGUAUUGUUUGUGCUAUGUCAAAAACGCUUCAUACGUCUCAUCGCCUCAAUGGAAGUAGUCUACGACCGCGAUUGAUCGUAGAAAAAGUUAAAACUAUUUGUAAACAUUUAUCCCCCUUCCGUCAAGAAGAUGCUCAUGAAUUUCUUCGUUAUUUAAUGGAAGCAAUGGAAAAAUCCUAUAUAGCUACUUUGGGUAUACAAGCUAAAAAAUUAGACAGUUAUUCGAAAGAAACUACCCCUUUAAAUCAGAUUUUCGGAGGUUAUAUUCGUACUGAAGUUACCUGUUUGGAAUGUAGUCAAGUAUCGACGACUUUUCAACAUUUUCAAGACCUGAUUUUGGAUAUUAGGCAAGCCAGCACGUCGACUGUGUACGAUGGUUUAGAAAAUUAUUUUAGUAAAGAACGUCUGGACGGAGACGAAUCAUACCACUGCGAACAUUGUAAAAAGAAAGUAUCAGCGUAUAAAAAAUUCUCCAUAGAAAAAGCACCGAAUGCUUUGUGCAUACAGCUCAAAAGAUUCAAUAUUAAUAGUUUUUACGGUGGCAGUAAAAUAUCUAAAUUGAUAAGUAUUCCUCAAAAUAUUGAUUUAAGUAAAUUUAAGCACAAGAAAGGAUCGCCGAGUGGGACUCCUUUGAAAUAUAGAUUGGUCUCGAUGGUAUUUCAUCACGGUCCUUCUGCGAAUAGUGGGCAUUACACGGCUCUAGGAUGUACCUCAGCUGGACCGUAUUAUUAUUUCAACGAUGAACAAGUGUAUCCGACGCAUCUAGGCCAAUAUACGAAUAAUCCAAACGCGUAUAUUAUGUUUUACGAAUUGGAAAAACCUAUUGUAUUUUCGGAGAAUUCAUCUUCGUCGUCAUCCAUUAAAUCGUCUUCGAGCAGUAGCACAAUUUCGUUACCGAAUGGCUACAUGAAUGGUACUAUGCAAAGGAGUAACGGGUUUUUUACAAAGCGCGAGACUUCUUUUUCUACAUCUUCAAUUCAUUCAAAGCAGCCAUCUUUGGAGCCGAUGAAAUGUGAAAAAUAUAUACCAUUGAAACCAGCCAACGUUACAACGCCCAAUGCUUCAUCAAAAAAUCCCAAGCUGGUCCCAUAUAUGUCUUCAGAAAGUGAAAGCAGUGAUUCAGAGAACGAUACAGGAAAACCGGGAACUAAUAAAAAUAACAACUCUUCGUCAGACGAUCGAGUUGAAAAUGGUCUAAAGCAUAGUAAAACAUUAUCGCCGUUGGCCAAACGAAACAGUACGUUGACCAGUUUACUCAAUAGUUCGUCGUCGAAGGAUGACAAUCCAUCGUACCGAGCCGCAUCGUCUUCGCCAACGAAAGGAUUUUCGCAGUUGGAUACCUCGACCGAUAAUAACGAAAAUGAUGUUGACAAUGACACCAAUAGUAAAUACGGAUUACUCGAAAAACCUGAGAAACGUAACGCCAUAACGUUCAGUUUCAAAAAGAAGGACAAAAUCGAAGGAAGAGAGAACGGUGACUCAAACGAUCGCAUGAAACCGAAGUAUAAACAAAUCGGCGUUGCUACUCCUUAUUACGCGAAUGAUUCGCAGAAAAGCAACGGCGAUGGAGACCGAGACGAUGGCCAAGAGAGAAUUACCAGUGAUGCGAAUACUAAUGGGCUGACUAACGGAGUAAAUAAAACUAACGGUAUGUUUAAUGGCAAUCGAAAGGUCCACGCUAACGGAUGGAUUGUCACCGAUCGUGAUAAUGAAAACGAAUUUGUUGACGAUGAAAAUAUGAACGGCGAGAAAACGCAGAAUCACGGGUCAACUAAAAGCAAUUGGGUGGUUACUGAAAAAUCAAAUCAGAAGAAUUCAUCUCCACUCAAAGAACACAAACAAGAUGUUCAGGAAAAUGGUAGGAAAUUUUAUAACGACAAGGAAGAUGCGAAGAAUGAUAAUUACUCGCAACAAAACUGUUCUCAAAACGGCUCUACGAAUCCAUCGUAUUCGUCGUACAAUGGAUAUGGUGGUAAAGUUCUCUCGUGGAAUGGAGAUAAUAGUUAUAUAAAUCGAGAAGCUGAUAAAGAAAGAAAAGAAUCGUCGAAACGCGCUUACAGUCAAUCAUAUGAUGAUGAAAUGGACAGAGGAAAAAUAAAGAAACCGAAAUACCAAAACAGAAAUGAAAACUGCGACGCGGGUCCACGUAAAAAUCCUUUCCAGCAGUAUAGUAAUUUUAAUAAUAAUAAUCAUAAUAAUUAUCAUCAUCACCAUCAUCAUCAUCGAACGAAAAAACCGUCGUGGAUGCAGAAUGGGUUCAAUCAUCAACAUAGAAAUAAUCGAGGAUACCAACCAAACCACUAUAGACAGAAUUACAAUAACCGGCCGUACAAUAAUAAUUGGGGUAAACGUUAGGAAGCGUAAUUCGACGUUUAAAUUGCGUCAAUGAAAUUUGUAUACCCAAGUAGUUGAUUUAUUGACGGAAUUCAAUGUACGGGGGUGAAGAGAAUAGAACGAGAAUGAAUGAAAUUGAGGCGAUUUUUUGUAAAUAACGAAAAACCUGCUAUUAAGACUUACCUAUGUAUUUAUAAUAAUGAUUUCGACUGCAAAUCGUUGGCGAUAAGAUUUUUUUCCCCUUUUUUACUUUCGCUAUCGAUAUUUUUGAAUAAUUUCUUUCGUAAUGAAAUCGGUUACGUUUGUGUGUGCCUGUUUAUUAUCGCAAUUAACUUGUGGUAUACUACGUAUCACGUGUGUAUGAUAUUUCUGAAAAAAAUAUUUUUAUUAAUUUAUUCUAAUUUUCGAGCGUUUAAAAGCGAAGUGAAAUUUUGAGUAUCUUUGUAUUUUCUAUUCAUCUAGUCUGCGCUUGUUGUAAGUUUCCGAAAGAUACAUAUUUUACGAAUGUUACACGUUUUCGGUUUGUGUCUUCACGAGCGACGAAAUUUUGCAAUUCUUGAAAAAAUUUUCAUUAUUUUUGUUAUGUUUGAAAAAAGAAAAAUGAAAGGGUAGAUGGCGAAAUUAUGUAAAAAUUGUAAUUAUUGUUGCUUAGUACUUAACGUGGCAUGUUGUGAUAAUGCAAUUUUUAUUUACCCUGAAUCAUUUUUACGGUUUUUCUUUCGUUAUAUUUUUACGAAAUUUUAAACAAAAAAAAUAACCUUUUAGAGUAGCUCGUUUUACACCGGCAGCGUUUGAGCGUUUGUAAAGUAGGGAUUACUAUUUUUUUCGUCUUUUUUCCCUCGUGCGGAUGAGUGUGUUGAACUUUUGUGAUGUAACCUUUUAUAUUUCUCGAGCUGAUUCGUGUUUUUAUUUUUAUAUUUUAUACUGAUACCUAAUAUAUUUAUUGCUCCAGUCGUUGGAAUGAUGAAUUGUGACGGGAAAAAAACUAAAGAAAAGAUGAGUAAUGUGAGCUAACCUGAGGUUUUCCAAGUUAUCAAACUUCUUUUUGGUAUCGUCUAGCUGUCUACGAGACAAAUGUAAUAUACUUUUCAUGACUAUGAGUUGAAAUUUCUAUGAUUUUUUUUCUAAAGUAGAAAUUAUAUCGGUGUAAAUAAUUAUUUUUAUUUGAAAUUCAUUGUUAAUUGUAUAUUGCUGUUGUAAGAUUUUGUUAUAAUAAAAGUCAAUUUUUUAUGUAGAUAAAUGUACGAAUUACUCUUUGUAAGUCAUGUUAUCUGUUAAAUGUCUCAGGAUCACUACAAAUAAAAUUAUCUCUGAGCAGU